AUGGCGGACGGAAGCUCUUGUACUGGUCCGGUGGCCCGGACGGUCCUGCAACAAUGUUUGCAUGCUCAGCUGCAGGUGAAGCCAGAGGACGAGCAGGAACAAGCGCAAUGGGUUCAGAUCGAAAGAGGCAUGGUGAUCUACAUUUGUUUUUUUAAAGGUGCCACAGAAGAUGUAUUGCCCAAAAUGGUUUCCACGCUGCUGAACGUGCGUCUGUGCGAGUCCUCGUCCGGAAAGAUGGUUUCGGUGUUGGACCUUCCGGGCAGCCUCCUGGUGGUCCCUCAGGCCACGCUGGGGGGCAAAGCCAAAGGCCGGUCCAUGCAGUACCACAACAACGUGGCUAAGGAGGAUGGGAUGCAACUGUAUGCGCGCUUCGUGGCCCUGUGCCAACAGGAAGUGACAGCAGCUGGGGUACGCGUGGAACACGGCACAUACGGGAAUCGGCAGGUCCUCCACAUCCAAACCAACGGACCGUACACGCACCUUAUGGAAUUCUGA